UACUUCAUUCACCACUGGUGAAGUGUUUUGAUUUACAGCACAAACAGAUUAUUUCACGGCUCAAAUUCUUGAUCAAGUCUCAACAUUAUAUUUAAUAAUAACGCUGAUAUUUAGCAGCUGCUUUCAGCCUGGAGAUGUUUUAUGAACUCGGCUUCAGUUCUCCAGACGGAGACAAACAUCUCACAUCUGCUUUAAUAUUUCUGACUUUUUCUUUCCCUUUUAUCUGAAUCUCUCCUCCUGAAUGAAGUGUUGUUGGAUGUCUCUGUGCAGCAGCACUCAGCAUUAUUGUUUGGGUGGAUUUAGAGAAGUUUCCCUGUGAGCCAGCAGAGGGCAACAGAUCUCCUGACAUGACUCAGGGUGACUCCGUCAGUCAUCAUCAGGACGUUUCUCCAGGAGAAAUGAUGCAGAUGUGCUGAUGGAUGAUUGUUGUGAUGCUUGCAGCUCUGCAGAUGAAGGAACAAAGUCUCUGUGAGCUGAUGUGGAUGUGAAUUCAGCAGCAACUAACAAGAUCCUCCAGUCAGACUCUGUGUGUACAGGUCCUCCAUUAUGGACUCUGCUAUGGAUCAGUGUGAGGACACAGAGGACGGAGUCCGUCCCUCUAAAACCGCUCUGUGUGAGGACCAGGACGGCCAGACAGAAGCUCACAGGGUCCAGCAGCAGAGACCAGAGUCUCCUGGACCGAGCUGUCUGUCCUUCAAGAGCGACCGAUCAAAAGGCGACUUCAUUAACUUUAAAAGACACUCUCCACCUGACGAUCAGAGGGUCCAGCAGCAGAGACCAGAGUCUCCUGGACCGAGCUGUCUGUCCUUCAAGAGCGACCAAUCAAAAGACCACUUCAUUGACUUUAAAAGACAAACUUCAUCUGAUGAUCAGAGGGUCCAGCAGCAGAGACCAGAGUCUCCUGGACCGAGCUGUCUGUCCUUCAAGAGCGACCAAUCAAAAGACCAUUUCAUUGACUUCAAAGGACAAACUCAAUCUGAUGAUCAGAGAGUGGAUCAGGAGAGCUCAGAGGUUCCCGGAGGUCAGUCUGCCUGGCAGCAUCAGACAGACCUGGACUCCAUAUUUAUGCUGCUGGAGGAGAACAUCGUCAUGUUUGUGAAGAACGAACUGAAGAAGAUCCAGAAGGUUCUGAGUCCAGAUUACCCAGAAUGCUUGGAGAGUCAGAGGGAGGAUGAGGAUGAGAAGGAUGAGGAGCAGAGGAGGAGCAGCAGAGAGGCCUUUCUGAAGAUCACACUGCACUUCCUGAGGAGAAUGAAUCAGAAGGAGCUGGCUGACUGUCUGCAGAGCGAAUUUCUUGGUAGGCUCACACUUAAAUCCAACCUGAAGAAGAAGUUCCAGUGUGUGUUUGAGGGGAUCUCUAAAGCAGGAAACCCGACCCUUCUGAAUCAGAUCUACACAGAGCUCUACAUCACAGAGGGAGGGACUGCAGAGGUCAAUAGGCAACAUGAGAUCAGACAGAUUGAAACAGCAUCCAGGAAAACAGACAGACCAGAAGCAAGAAUCAGUCAAGAAGACAUCUUUAAAGCCUCACCUGGAAGAGAUGAACCAAUCCGAACAGUGCUGACAAAGGGAGUGGCUGGCAUUGGGAAAACAGUCUUAACACAGAAGUUCACUCUGGACUGGGCUGAAGACAAAACCAACCAGGACAUCCACUUCACAUUUCCAUUCACUUUCAGAGAGCUGAAUGUGCUGAAAGAGAAAAAGUUCAGCUUGGUGGAACUUGUUCAUCACUUCUAUCCUGAAACCAAAGAAGCAGGAAUCUGCAGGUUUGAAGAGUUCCAUGUUGUGUUGAUCUUUGACGGUCUGGAUGAGUGUCGAUUUCCUCUGGACUUCCACAACACUCAGAUCCUGACUGAUGUCACAGAGUCCACCUCAGUGGAUGUUCUGCUGACAAACCUCAUCAGGGGGAAACUGCUUCCCUCUGCUCGCCUCUGGAUAACCACACGACCUGCAGCAGCCAAUCAGAUCCCUGCUGACUGUGUUGACAUGGUGACAGAGGUCAGAGGGUUCACUGACCCUCAGAAAGAGGAGUACUUCAGGAAGAAAUUCAGAGAAGAGGAGCAAGUCGGCAGAAUCAUCUCCCACAUCAAGACAACACGAAGCCUCCACAUCAUGUGCCACAUCCCAGUCUUCUGCUGGAUCUCUGCUACAGUUCUGGAUGUGUUGGAAACCAGAGAGGGAGGAGAGCUGCCCAAGACCCUGACUGAGAUGUACAUCCACUUCCUGGUGGUUCAGACCAAAGUGAAGAACGUCAAGUAUGGAGGAGGAGCUGAGACAGAUCCACACUGGAGUCCAGAGAGCAGGGAGAUGAUUGAGUCUCUGGGAAAACUGGCUUUUGAUCAGCUGCAGAAAGGAAACCUGAUCUUCUAUGAGUCAGACCUGACAGAGUGUGGCAUCGAUAUCAGAGCAGUCUCAGUGUACUCAGGAGUGUUCACACAGGUCUUUAGAGAGGAGAGAGGACUGUACCAGGACAGGGUGUUCUGCUUCGUCCACCUGAGUGUUCAGGAGUUUCUGGCUGCUCUUCAUGUCCAUCAGACCUUCAUCAAGUCUAGAGUCAAUCUGAUGGCAGAAGAACAAACAACCCCCUGGUGGGAUCUAAAUGAUCUCCACAAGAGUGCAGUGGACAAGGCUUUACAGAGUCCAAAUGGACACCUGGACUUGUUCCUCCGCUUCCUCCUGGGUCUUUCACUGGAGACCAAUCAAAGACUCCUACGAGGCCUGCUGACACUAACAGGAAGCGGCUCAACGAUCGAUCUGUCACCCCUAGGAGGCCUGCCAACACAGACAGCAAGUGUCUCAGAGACUGUCCCGACUCUCCAACAAGGCUGGCCAAAACAGAGAGAAAGCAUCUUAAUGACUGAUCUCUCUCAGUUUUGGACCGAAGAUCAGACUCUCCAACAAGACCUGCUGAGACAGAGAUCAGGCAUCUUAAGGACCAAUCUGAAGCUGAUAAAAGGUAUUCAGACCCUCCCAGGAGACCUGCAGAAACAGACAUUAGCAAUCUUAAGGACCAAUCUGACACGAAUAAAAGGUAUUCAGACCCUCCCAGGAGACCUGCAGAAACAGAUAUUGGGCAUCUUAAUGACCAAUCUGACACUAAUAAAAGGUAUUCAGACCCUCCCAGGAGACCUGAAGAAACAGAUAUUGGGCAUCUUAAUGACCAAUCUGAAACUAAUAGAAGGUAUUCAGACCCUCCCAGGAGACCUGCAGAAACAGAGAUUAGACAGAUUAAUGACCAAUCUGAAACUAAUAGAAGGUAUUCAGACCCUGCCAGGAGACCUGCAGGAACAGAGCGUAGCCAUCUUAAUGACCAAUCUGAAACUGAUGAGUAGUCAGAUCAGAUCAGAAUUGAUGAGCCUCUACAUCAAGACACAGUUGGAGAGUAAUCUCUCUCCAGAGAGAAGCAUCAACCUGUUCCACUGUCUGAAUGAACUGAAUGAUCGUUCUCUAGUGGAGGAGAUCCAACAGUCCCUGAGAUCAGGAAGUCUCUCCACAGAUGAACUGUCUCCUGCUCAUUGGUCAGCUCUGGUCUUCAUCUUACUGUCAUCAGAAAGAGAUCUGGACGUGUUUGACCUGAAGAAAUACUUUGCUUCAGAGGAGGCUCUUCUGAAGCUGCUGCCAGUGGUCAAAGCCUCCAACAAAGCUCUGCUGAGUGACUGUAAUCUCUCAGAGAGAAGCUGUGAAGCUCUGUCCUCAGUCCUCAGCUCCCAGUCCUCUAGUCUGACAGACCUGGACCUGAGUAACAACGACCUGCAGGAUUCAGAAGUGACGCUGCUGUGUUCUGGACUGGGGAGUCCACACUGUACCCUAAAAACUCUCAGACUGAGCGGUUGUGUCCUCUCAGAGAGAAGUUGUGAAACUCUGUCCUCAGUCCUCAGCUCCCAGCCCUCUAGUCUGAGAGACCUGGACCUGAGUUACAACGACCUGCAGGAUUCAGGAGUGAAUCUGCUUUCUCCUGGGCUCAAGAGUCUACACUGUACCUUGGAAACUCUCAGCCUGAGUGGUUGUGUACUCUCAGAGAGAAGCUGCGAAGCUCUGUCCUCAGUCCUCAGCUCCCAGUCCUCUAGUCUGAGAGACCUGGACCUGAGUUACAACGACCUGCAGGAUACAGGAGUGAAUCUGCUUUCUCCUGGGCUCAAGAUUUCACACUGUACCCUGGAAACUCUCAGGCUAAGUUGCUGUAAGCUCUCAGAGAGAAGCUGUGAAGCUCUGUCCUCAGUCCUCAGCUUCCAGUCCUCUAGUCUGAGAAUCCUGGACCUGAGUUACAACGACCUGCAGGAUUCAGGAGUGAAUCUGUUGUCUGCUGCAGGGAAGAGUCAACAGUGUACCCUGGAAACUCUCAGGCUGAGUGGAUGUAACCUCUCAGAGAGAAGCUGUGAAGCUCUGUCCUCAGUCCUCAGCUCCCAGUCCUCUAGUCUGACAGACCUGGACCUGAGUAACAACGACCUGCAGGAUUCAGGAGUUAAUCUGCUUUCUCCUGGGCUCAAGAGUCCACACUGUAACCUGGAAACUCUCAGACUGAGUGGCUGUAGCCUCUCACAAGGAAGCUGUGAAGCUCUGUCCUCAGUUCUCAGCCUUCAGUCCUCUAGUCUGAGAGACCUGGACCUGAGUAACAACAACCUGAAGGAUUCAGGAAAGAAGCUGUUGUCUGCUGCAGGGAAGAGUCAACACUGUACCCUCAGGCUGGAGUCUGGUGGAGUCCAGGGGUUAAGACCGGCUCUGAGAAUGUAUUCCUGUGAGCUCACCAUCGACAGAGACACAGUAAACAGAGAGAUCGAAGUGUCUGACAACAACAGGAAGGUGACACACAUGAAGAAUAAUCAGCCACAUCCUGACCAUCCAGAACGCUUUGACCCCUGGCCUCAGCUGCUGUGUAGAGAGGGUCUGACCGGUUGCUGUUACUGGGAGGUCCAGUGGAGAGGAAGAGUUUUUAUAUCAGUGAGUUACAGAGGGAUCAGCAGGAGAGGAGAAAGAGCUGACUGUGUGUUUGGAGAAAACAAUAAGUCCUGGUGUCUGAGCUGCUGUGGUGAUGGUCGUUACUCCAUCGUUCACAAAAAAGGAAUAACAGCCAUUUCCUCCUCCUCCUCCUCCUCCUGCUCCUCCUCCAUGGCUUACCACAGAGCAGCAGUGUUUUUGGACUGUCCUGCUGGCACUCUGUCCUUCUACAGAGUCUCCUCUGACACACUGAUCCACCUCCACACCUUCAACACCACAUUCACUGAGCCUCUCUAUCCUGGUUUUGGGUUCUGGGCUGGUUCAUAUGGCUCCUCACUGUCUCUGUAGGAGGGAGACUCUCUUCUUGUCCGACCACAAACUGUAUAUAUAAAGAUAGACGACUUCACGUCCUCCGGCUCUACAAAGGGUAUUUUUUUAUGCACGGAAGUCAAACUGUUUUGGCUUCAUGCAACACUGAGCAGCUUUCAUAGGAAGGAACAGAGCACCACCUCCAACACUGUAUCAGUUCUCUUUAUACAUCCAUGGGAACGUCUGGUGAUAAAACUGCAGCUCAAACAGAACUUUUCCAGGAGCAUUUAGUGACUUGUGGUGUUCCCCAGGGCUCCGUCCUUGGCCCCUUGUUUUUAUUUGUUUAAAUUAUUGCAAACAAAGUCCAACUGUGUUCAACCACAGAAUGUAAACAAAGAGGUGAACGUCUCACUUCCCGCUGUACAACACUGAGGCCUAAAUAUCCGGAUACAGGCACUGCCAUCUUGUUCUGGUGAAGUCACACAGAGCCAGAGUCUGCACAGUUGAAACAAAUGCUUUUUCCCAAAGUCCAGGAUGCUUCCUUGAUACGACGGGUCCUUCUUAGUUGGGUCCUAGAGAGGCAAGGCAAGACUUCUUCCAAUCAUCAGUAUAACACACAGAUGGAAAGACCUUGUGAUGCUGCAGGUAUGCUUGAUUGCCUAACUGGACAGGUCCUACAGUUCCUUAAGUGCUACAAUUUCCUUGGAAAUUCACUGAAAUAAGGAUUUUGUCCUCAGUAGAAUUCUAAGGAUUCUUGACAUCAGAACAGUCCUUUGGCAUAUGUUGAUAAUUUAUUAUCCAUUAAUUUCAGCUGUUUGAGGAUCCUUCCUUGACUUUGGGAUGCACCCAAAGAGUGGGGCAAUAUUGAGUGCCCUCCGAAACACAAGUCAAUUAUAGUCAUCAAUCAUGACGUUAUUGCCCUGUUUUUAUAGAAUCAAAUAACUAAUUUGAACCAAACUGAUCAGAAAAAUGAAUGGUUACAUAACUUGUGCUGUGGACCAGAUGUUUUGGCCUCACUUGUGGGGAGCUGUCAUGCUGGCCAACUUUAUAUAUAGUAUGUGGUCUGUAGAGGAAAUGGAUUUAUAAAGAGAACUGGAUACAGUGUUGGAGGUGGGGCUCUGUUUAUUCCUAUGAAAGCUGCUCAGUGGCACAUGAGGCCAAAAUGUUCUAUUGGGUUGCUCCAACAUGCAAACUAAAGACUCUGUUUAAACGUUCCGCUAACUUUAUUGAAAAUAAAAUGAUUUAAUCGUACAGCUCCUCUAGACUUUCUGAAUCCUAUUGGACCAAAUUUAUCAAAUUCUGAUGAUGAAACAAGUCAUUUCAGGGGUUGUGAUGUACAGGAUCACAAACUGUAUAUUUAUUUUACAACUCGAUGCACUCUUAGUGCCUUCCGUUGAUUUCUAGCGUGACAGCUGCACUUUCUGCUCCUCUUUAACUUAAAACCCAGUGGUGAGAGUAAUGCAUUUCUAAUUACUAAGUACUACAGACUACAGAGGACAGACUGGAUCACAGACUAGAUCACAGACCAGACCGCAGGCCAGACUACAGACUGGAUCACAGACAUGAUGACAGUCUGGAUGACAGACCGGAUCACAGAUGGGAUGUAAUAUAUUUUUUCUAACUGUUGUUUUUGUAUUUUCAAACACAUAUCAAGUGGUGAAUAAGGCAACCAAUUUUUCUAACUCUUGCGCACUAACUCUUGCGCACUUCACUUAAACUGCCUUGUCCAAAAAUGCUUAUUUUGUAUAUGGUCAGUAUUGUGACAUCUUUAUGUAUGUUUUUGAUUACAAACAAGGGUGAUUGUACUGUGACAAGUUGGGCAGCAUUUUUUGAUGCACUAUUUUAAUAUCUUUAUUGAAGAUUUCUGGGGGAUUGUAAUGCGAUAGAUAAUAUCCCUUGUGAAGUAAUGCUCCCACUAAAGUCUAUUAUGUCACAUCGCUACUCAGCCCAUGUUUCCAACUCAUUCUCAGGGCUCAACUGUUGAAAUGAUUCUAUGUGUAAUUUCCCAGUGGUGAACCAUGGUGGCUAACUGCUAAUGGAGAAAGUAAUUAGCCUUUAUGUAUAGAAAAUACUGCUUUAGUUUUUUAAACAGAUAUUUAGAGGGAUAGUUUGGGUUUUGAAAGUGACCUUGUAUUAGGUACUUUUUCCACUUGUAUCACUUUAAGUGUACACUAUAUUCACAAUAUUUUCACUGCUUCAUCGUGCUGCCAGACAGUCCCUCCAGAUGGGGAAUUGAAGCUGUUAUAUCCAUCUAUGCUCUCUUCAAAACCACCACACCCCAUUGCCAUGAACAAUAAUUAACCCUGCAGAACACGUUGAGUGUACACAGUACACAAACGAGAAAUUUGCCCAAUGGUGUGUCAUAAAAUGUGAACAGCGUCAUUCUUCUGCAAAACAUAGCUUUGAUGAACCAAAGUCCAUUCAGAAAGCAAUUUAAAAGUUAGUUUAGGUAAAUGUUUGCUUGUCGUCCUGCAGACAGAUCUGACGAAGCAUGAAUCAGCUUCACUUAGUAGCUUUUUCAGAGUACUUUUUAUCCGUUUAUUGCAUUUAAAUAACAAUUUGUUUAUUUUUGGUACAUAUUGAUGUGUGCUUCACAACACUUGAUUUUAUUGUCUUUAUUAUCUUCAUUGUCAUAUAUUCAUUUAUAAUCCUUCAUUUAUCAUUAGUCAACAGGAAUUUAAAUAA